UGAGCAGCGCUUCGUUCAUAUAGAGCAGGAAGCGCUCGACCACAGAGAAACAGACGGCUUGAGGAACGUGAGCGAGGGUUGAUGUAGGGCGCUUAGAGAGGAGGACAGUGAGAGCUGUUUGUAGUGCUUUUCGUACAGGACGGGUAGACCAAAGACAAAACACCUCUCCAAAAUGCUCUGCCAUGUAACACGGCCGGACGCGGUGGUGAUGGAGAUUGAAGUGGACGCAAAGGCGAACGGAGAGGACUGUCUGAAUAAGGUAUGUCGGAAGCUGGGAAUUAUUGAGGUGGAUUACUUUGGGCUGCAGUUUUCUGGCAGUAAGGGAGAAAACCUGUGGCUGAACCUGAGGAACAGAAUCUCCCAGCAGAUGGACAAUCUCACGCCCUGCAGACUACGGCUCAGAGUAAAGUUCUUUGUGGAGCCUCACCUUAUUCUGCAGGAGCAAACGAGACACCUGUUUUUUAUGCAUGUGAAAGAGGAUCUGCAUCGUGGACAUCUGCGGAUGUGCUCGGAACAGGCCGAAGAGCUCAGCUCUCUCCUGGCCCAGGCCGAGUUCGGUGACUAUAACCAGAACACAGCCAAGUACUGGUACACUGAACUCUGUGGCACAGAGCCAAACCAAGCCACCAUCAACAGUAUCAUAGCCAAGCACAAGGCUCUGGAGGGUCUGAGCCAGGCGUCGGUGGAGUACCAGGCCCUGCAGCUGGUGUCGUCUCUGGAGCAUUAUGGGGUGGAGUGGCACUGGGUGCGUGACGCUGAAGGACAGAGGUUGGCUAUCGGAGUGGGACCAGACGGUAUCGCUAUCUGCCGAGAGGACUUCAGCCUGGUUAACAGGAUAUCUUAUCCCAUAAUACAAAUUGCCACGCAAUCAGGGAAGAGCGUUUACUUGACUGUCACCAAGGAAACCAGCGACAGUGUGAUCCUGCUGUUCAAGUUAAUCAGUAAUCGAGCAGCCAGCGGUCUGUAUCGGUCCAUCACAGAGACGCAUGCCUUUUACAGGUGCGACACGGUAACAAACGCCGUCAUGAUGCAAUACAGCCGUGAUUUCAAGGGUCACCUGGCUUCACUUUUCCUCAAUGAGAACAUCAACCUGGGCAAGAAGUAUGUAUUCGACAUUCGGCGGACCUCCAAGGAAGUGUACGACUACGCCAGGCGCGCGCUGUACAACGCCGGUAUCGUGGACAUGAUGUCGAGGCCGGGGGAGUGCACUCUGUCGUCCCGCUCGCCGUCCCCUGACCAGGAGGGGGCGCUUGACUGCAGGGGCUGCCAGCAGAGCCGCUUGCUGCAGGAGAAGCUGCAGAAACUGCGGGAGGCGCUGCUGUGCAUGCUGUGCUGCGAGGAAGAGAUCGACACCACCUUCUGCCCCUGCGGUCACAUGGUGUGCUGCCAGAACUGUGCUGAACAGCUGCAGGUACCCACUGGUAUCACCAUGCUGAUACAUCUACAAGUGCCUAAAAAGAGUACACGUGUGUAUAAGAGGUGA